AUGCACUCAUUANAUGAUGAAGAAGACAUGGAGGUUUGCGAAGUCGAAGAUGGAAAUAUAGAGUGCGCUGAGGGUGUUGAGUAUGAAAAACCCCACGAAGCAAAACUUGACUCUAAAGCUGAACAAUCAAAAUCAGGGGAGAAAGACUCGGAGGUGAUGGAAACCAGUGAAGCGGAGAAGCCUGGUGAACAGUCUGGUAAUCAGGACACAAAAUCAGACUCAAAGGCUGAGAAGUCUGAAAAUAAGAGGGCAAAGUCCAAGAAAGGCAAAGAUUUGAAAGGCGAAAAGCGGUGUGCCCUUGAUGAACAGAAAGCUUUGAUGGACAGAUUAUUUAGUGGCGAGGCAGACGCAGGGGUGGAGACGGUGGAGGUGGAAGUGCGCGUGCCAGUUUAUGCGAGGCAGAAGACCAAAAAAGAUUUCAUGUUGGAUGACCAGAGGAAGUAUAUGGAACAGCUGUUCAGGGGAGAAGUAUCCCCUGAGGAGCCAUUUGUUAUGUUGGCGGAAAAGAAGAGACAUGAGAUUCGGUACAGAGAUGCUUCACAAGUUAAGAAGUUACAAGACCAGCCGAUGAAUUUGGAAGAACAGAUGCUGGCACUGAAGAAGCAACAGGUGAUGCUGACUUUGGACGAUGGUCAAGAGCCACCGUCCAUGCUGGACGUGAUAAAAUACCAAAAUGACCACUCGGACAUGGUUCAAACCAUGAAACAAGGCUUCUAUGAGAAGAAUGCACCAGAAGAGAAAAAAGAAAAACGCGAAAAAUGGAACACGGACAAACAGGGUCACAUGCCCAUGGAUCAGCUGACCCGGAAGGUCAAGGCCAUGAUGCACAUCCUGCGUACGCAGCCCCAUCGCAGCUCAGUCAUAGACACCAUUAACUGUGCUUCCAAGAGCGAGGAGGUGAAGCUGGAUAUUUACAGAGUGUACCAAAGAAUAGAAUUUGGUGGGAAGAAGAGAUUUAAGUGCAUGAUGUACCUGGAUAAUUUGAAGGUUGCUGAAGCGUGGGGUAACCNAGAGAGCUGA